AUGCUGGUCAGCGGCAGCACCGCUCCCUUGCACAUAGCUACAUUUCUGGACCAUGCUGCCAGUGAUGAGCAGGCAGUGGCUCAUGAACGCCGCCUAGCGCUGGCACUUGACAUUGAUCAAGCCGCUCGGAUCUUGCUACAAAUCCCAGGUAUUGAAGAAAAGGACGCCAAUUCGAGACCUGAACAUCGUCCCUUUGUGUGGAGGAACAGUGCUUGGACCCGAGAGCCGACGUCUUGGUAUCUCGCGUACAAAGAUGGAGGGUUACUUCAAAGCGAAAAAGCGAUUCCAACCGUCCCCUUUCGGGUUCUUGGUGCUCCCAAUCUCAAAGACGACUACUACUGCUCCAUACUCGCGUACAGUCAGACCUGUCACUCCUUAGCCGUCGCCCUCGGUCAAAAAGUCUAUCUCUGGACUGAAAAGUAUGGUGUGCGCUAUCCACCACUCCCUGCUGGCCGAUCAACCAAUUUUGUGACUUCUUUAGCUUUCUCAUCUGAGAAGGGAGCCAAGGCCAUCUUAGCCGUCGCCAGGAACAGCGGGACUGUCACAUUAUGGAGUUUACGGGAGAUCAGACCGCGCUUCACUGCUCCUCACCCCUGUGCAGCAUCCUGCGUGUCUUUCAAACCUGUCCAAACCCAGCGACCGUCCGUAGCAGGAAGAGGUACUGUCCUGUGCGAAGACUUGCUCGUCGGCGACGACUCGGGCAAGAUCUACUACUAUUCCUUGGAGUGGCCAGCCUUUGCUCCCGGAUCCAUGACGCUGCUAGCCAAACUUGACGCCCACAGCCAAAACAUCUGCGGCCUCGCAUGGUCCCCAGAUGGUAUGCAGUUUGUCUCCGGUGGUAAUGAUAAUCGGGCUCUGCUUUUCGAUCCAUCGAUCUUCCUGCCGGCGGAUUACCAAAGCCAUGUCUCCCCGAAUGUGCUAGAUCAACUGGCAGACAUGUUCGACGAUUCAGCCUUUUCAACUUCUCAACUUCCCACCCCACCAGCUUCGCCGCAGAGAUAUCGAUCCGCAAGCCGCCGUCAAUCCCCGGACUUCAACAUAGAAUCAGUCAGCAGUACGCACAUCCGUGGCCUAGAAACACCACCACCAACUCCUCAGCGUCGGGGCAGAUUAGCCGAUCGUGACCCUUUAAGCUCAACAGGCAAUCACCGUACCGCUCCUCCGCCGAAUGCGUCUGUCCUUCGCAACGCACUCGUGGAUCCCGCUAUUCUUGGACAAACCAAUGUCCACAUCCAUUCGUUUUAUCACGCCGCAGCUGUCAAGGCCAUCGCUUUUGCUCCUUGGCAGCCCAAUCUGCUUGCAACUGGAGGCGGAAGCAAUGAUCGCCAGAUCCACUUUUUCCACACAGGAUCCGGAGCGCUUCUGGCCCUGAUCAAUGUCUUCUCGCAAGUCACGAGUCUGCCGGAGCAUGAAAUCAGAAUAGCCGUUUUCAGCUGGCCAACCUGUGAAUGUGUAGUGAGUAUUCCCUGGGAAAGAAAGCAGAACGGUGAGAUCGGCCGUGCGCUGUGGGCAAUACCCUAUCCAGGCGGACCAAACGAUGCCAUACCAAUUCGCAGACAGUAUGGGGCUGGUGGGGGAUUUGCCUCUUGGGAUGCAGUUCAAGAGACUGAAGCAGAGCGAAGACGAGCCGAAGCAACAGCCGUGGACACGGCCAGUCCUCGGGUCCGUCGCAGUCUGACCCCAAGCCCUGAGCGAAGCAUUGUACCGGUGACCAGAAGACAUCAGGUAAUGAAUGGGAGGGAGCUUUUAGCAUAUGGCCACAGUGGAGACAUUCGGCAUGAAGGCGAGCGAUGGGCAAGUCGGACGGAAGAGGAAGGCAGUCUCAUCAUCGCAUGCUGUGAUCAAACGGUCAAGUUCUUCGAGAUCUGGGCGGGGAGAAGUAAGGGAAAGAAAGCGCUUGGCUUGGGCUUGCGGCAGGGUGUUCUCGGCGGGAGUCGCGUCCUGGAGGGAUGGUGCGAGAAUCUUGGUGUGGAUGAGAUUGGAUUCGGAGAAGAGGUGAUUCGGUAG